AUGGUCCAAAAACCAUUUCCAAGCAACCGAGACAAGCGCAGCUACGAUACGUUUGAGCUACUUCAUCUGGACAUCUGCGGGCCCAUGGAAAAGGAUUCGCUCGGUGGCAGCAAAUAUUUGCUACUGAUCAUCGACGAAGCCAGUGGAUGCAUGAAGGGCUUUUGUCUACGAGUGAAGUCCGAGAGUGAAGACUACAUCCGGAAAUAUAUCACCAUGGUACAGACGCAAUUCUGUAAGAAGGUCAAGUUCGUGCGACACGACAGAGCUCGCGAGUUUGCAACCAACUCGCUUCAACUGUUCUACGAAGACGAAGGCAUUGAACAGCAGACAACGGUGCCGUAUGCACAUCAAACAAACGGAACAGCAGAGCGUGCCAUUAGGACUAUUGUCACGAUCGGCCGCAGCAUGCUUCAUCAUGCCAAACUGGACAAGUGUUUCUGGGCCGAAGCAGCGAUGACGGCCAUCUACGUCAAGAAUCGACUGCCGUCACCUAAAGUCGUGCACAAGACCCCGUUUGAGAUCGUCUACAACUUGAAACCAAGCGUCAAGCACAUGCGAACAUUUGGGUGUCAGACAUACAUACUGACGCCUAAAGAGAAUCGACUCAAGUGGGAUCCAAAGGCUCGCGCUGGCAUAUUCGUGGUCUACGAAGAAGUUUCGAAGGCAUAUCGUGUUUAUGACAUCGAGGCGGGGCAGGUGGUUAUCAGCCGCGAUGUCAACUUCGACGAGUCCACCUUUGGACUUCAACUGCCGAUCACUGAUGAAGAUGUCGAUGACCUGGACUUCGAAUUGCUGGAUCUUGAUGACGAAGAGCUGCGUCAAAUGGAGUACAAGCAAACAGGCAAGCGCAAGAACCGACUCAAUGAUGAAGAUACAGCAGCUCCACGACCGCGUGCAGUGCGUCAACGACCAGGACUAGAAGAGUCAAGCGCGCCGGAAAACAACUCGUCACGACAAGAAGAAGACGAAGAAACGAAGGAUUCUGAUGAUUCAACACCGCCUGUGUUUUGGCGUGCGAGUGCAAAUGCCGUUGAAGCAGCAGUGGACUUAUCAGAACCCUCAACAUUUGAAGCAGCAGUAAGCGGCCCUGACCAAGUGCACUGGAGAAAAGCAAUUCAUGCAGAGCUCGAUUCGAUGAAGCUUCGCGGUGUCUUUCGUGCGGCCAAGUUACCCAACGGACAACGCGCCAUUGGCACAAAAUGGGUGUUCAAGAUCAAGCGCAAGGCGGAUGGGUCAAUCGAGAAGUACAAGGCACGACUUGUGGCCAAGGGUUUCCGCCAAAAGUAUGGCAUCGACUACACGGAGACGUUUUCGCCUGUGGUCAAGUACGUGACGCUGCGAAUGGUGGUUGCAAUCACGAAGUACUUUGACUGGACACUGGACCAACUGGACGUGGUGACAGCUUUCCUAUACGGAGAAAUGAAGAGCAGGUAUUCUGCGCGAUUCCUGAAGGCGUCGAACUUGACACAAGCGUCGCGAGUGUGGAACGAGACGUUCGACGAGUAUGUGUGCUCCAUCGGAUUUCAAGUAUCGGACUUCGACCCAUGUCUCUACAUCAAGACUUCGGACGGCCAUUGCGUGUUUAUACUGGUCUACGUGGACGACGUCUUGGUGACUGGAAGCUCGCUCGAGCUGAUUGCACAAACCAAGAACGACCUGAAGACGCGGUUCGAAAUGACGGACAGCGGCAAGUGUGCGUUUGUUCUUGGGAUCGAGCUUUUGGACGGUGAAGAUGGCAGUGUGACACUAUGUCAGCGUCGGUAUGUCGAUGAUAUCCUCAAGCGCUUUGGCAUGGAUGAUUGCAAGGCAGUCGCAAGUCCAGUCGACAUGAGCUCUCGACUUGUUUCAAGUGAUGCAACUACCAAGGUCGAUGCUCCUUUUCUCGAAGCUGUUGGUGCGUUGAUGCACCUGACCACUGCAACGCGUCCGGACAUUGCGUUUGCUGUGGGCUAUGUGUCGCGGUUCAUGGAAAAUCCCCAAGAAGAACACUGGGUUGCAGUUAAGCGUAUCUUUCGCUACCUACAAGGCACCAAGACGCAUGGAAUUUGCUACAAGCCAAGUGCAAGGAUCGACUUCCGUGGAUAUUCGGAUGCGGAUUGGGCUGGUGAUCUUACCGACCGCAAGUCAACAUCGGGGUACACGUUCAUGCUACUCGGUGCGCCAGUCAGUUGGGGCAGCAAGAAGCAGCCAAGUGUUUCGUUGUCCACGAGUGAAGCCGAAUACAUCGCACUCAGCUUGGCGAUUCAAGAGGGCAAGUGGAUUCAUCGUCUGCUUUGUGAGAUCGUGAUGGCUGCCAAUGAAGAAGGACCGGAACUCAUGAUCCAUGAAGACAAUCAGUCGUGUAUCAAGAUGACGAAGAACCCAGUCAACCACGGCCGUGCCAAGCACAUUGAUAUCAAGUACCAUCACAUCCGUGAUGAGGUCAAGCGCGGUGAAGUGAAGCUCAAGUACUGUGAAACUGCGGUGAUGUUAGCGGACAUCAUGACGAAGGGACUUCACGGGCCACGCCACAAGGAGAUGACGGCGACUCUCGGGAUUCGUGAGCAUUCGGAUUGA